AUGAUUAUCAAUCAAACAUUCAUGUUGACGAGAUCCAACGAUUUUUCUAAAAUUCCUCGGAGAUUCUCUCGAGUUCCUCCGAAGGGAACCUGUUUUUUUUCACUCUUUUUUCACUCCAAAACAACGGCGUGGGGUCAUCGGGAUUUUAGGAUUGAAAGAGUUGCCAAUUUAACAGAAUCGUAACUUCGCAUCCGAGUUCCUCGGCUAGACUCCACAAACAAUGGACCCCGAGUUGGUCCGAUGCCGUUGUCGUUGACAGAGGGUGGGGAGAAAUUGCAAGUCGGCAGAGUCUAGACAUCGUCGACGUGCACGAACGUCAAACACAGCCUGGCAUGGGGGACUGACUUGGACGAGCGGAUCGAGUCGCGGGGCGUGGAGACACGUAUUUACAUGUAUAUAAGGUCCCAGCCUGACUCUUGUCCAUUUCUGAUAUACGAAACCCUGUUCAACUCCAUGCCCAGAUACCCACCAGCGUCAGAAUUUCACAAUGGGAUCUACCACGUCACCCCCGCGCUUUGAGUCCGCUCCAGCGGACCCAGCACCCCUAGGCCAGCCCCUCGAAUACCCCUUCUCCAAGCGCUCAGCACCCAAUCGGUUCCUCAAGGGCGCCAUGUCGGAGCGCCUCGCCAGCUUCUCAGCUACUGACCUCUCAGCCCGCGGUGUUCCCUCCCCGGAAGCAAUCCGGCUUUACGAGCGUUGGGGCCAGGGCGGCUGGGGCCAGCUUCUGACAGGCAAUAUCAUGAUCGACCCAGGCCACUUAGAAGCGCCGGGAAAUUACAUCAUCCCGCGCGACUCGCCUUACUCGGGAGAGCGUUUCGACGCCUUCAAGGCGCUAGCUGAGGGGGCCAAAAAGGAGGGCAGUCUGAUUGUCGGCCAAGUGUCUCACCCAGGACGACAGACCAGUGAUGAUGUUCAAUCGGAGCCUAUCAGCGCGAGUGCGGUACAGCUCGUUUCCCCCGCGAUGAAGAAGACGUACGCCGUUCCACGUGCGGCGACUAAGGAGGACAUCGCUGCCAUUAUCGACGGGUUCGCACAUGCGGCAGAGUAUUUGGAGAAAGCUGGGUUCGACGGCAUCGAGUUGCAUGGCGCACACGGGUACCUACUUGCGCAGUUCCUGAGCCCAACGACAAACCAGCGUACCGAUAACUACGGCGGUAGUUUGGAGAACCGUGCUAGACUGAUUCUAGAGGUGGCGGCUGAGGUUAAGAAGAGAGUGACCGAUAAAUUCGUGUUGGGUAUUAAAGUCAACUCGGUCGAAUUCCAGGACAAGGGAUUCACACCUGAGGACGCCGUGGAAUUAUGUCAGCUGCUCGAGGGCGCAGGAUUUGAUUAUGUUGAGACGAGCGGCGGCACGUACGAAAGCCAAGGCUUUGAGCACAAGAAGGACAGCACAAGGGCACGGGAGAGCUUUUUCAUCGAAUUUGCCGAGCGCAUUGCAAAGUCGCUGAGCAAGACCAAGGUGUACACCACGGGCGGGUUCAAGACAGUGGCCGGCAUGGUGGGUGUUCUGGGCGCCGUUGACGGAGUCGGUAUUGGACGGGCGGCCACACAGGAGCCGGAUCUUCCCAAGACGAUUUUGGAAGGGAAGGCGACGGGUAUUAUGAAGUAUGCUAUCGGAGAAGAUGAGUUCUUCAUGAGGUUAUUUGCCAGCUCGAUGCAGAUGAAGGCAAUGGGCCACGGGGAAGAGCCAUUGGAUUUGACGGUACCCGAUAACGUGCAGAAGGUGGGGGCUGCGAUCGCUAUGAUGAUGAAGCAGAAUCUGUAGAUUGGCUUUCGUUUCGAGCAAAUAACUAGCUAACAAGUAGAUAUUUUGUGACGAAAUACAAGUUCUGGAACAGAACGUGAGCAUUUCCUGGCAC